AUGCUGUCAAGGGCAGCUCGGUUCGCGCGCCUGCAGCCCUCUGCGGCGCAGCUGUAUCGCCCAGUCGCAACACCACUGACAAGACCCCAAUUCGUGGCCGCAACAUGGAGCAGAAACUUCGCCCAGCAGAAGAAGCCAAAGAGCGCCUCUGGAUCUGCCCCCAAGCCCGCCGAUAGCCAGAAGCCUGCGGACUCAACACCCGAAACCACAUCACCGAAAGCUUCAACCAACGCCUCCGAUGCCGAAGCUAAGACAAACGCCUCCGAUGCGACCGAAGCCCCCGAGGAACCCACACCGACCGGCCCUCUGCCCGAUCUGACGCAGGGCAUUCCGUCCACUCUUGCCUACGAGAUGUCCGGCGCGACCAACAAGGCUGCCCUUGCUGCCAUCGCCGAGGAGGAUGCUGUCGCAUCUGGUGGCGGCCGUGGCCGUGGAGAACUCCCCGAUUCAGCAUAUGUCUCUUCAACAGACAGGAAAAGACAGCAGCUUGCCAACCGCAUGUACCUUGCCUUCCUUGGAUUCACUAUCACUGGUGCGAUCUACCUCGGCCGCAACUGGGACGACGAGAUCGAGGCCAAGAGGCAUGCCGAGGACGCACCCAACGGCUGGGGAUUUGGAGAGUGGUGGAACAGAGUGAAGGCGCGUACAGGAGACUUCCUCAACUACUACCAAGAGCCCGCCUUCGAAAAGCUCUUGCCCGACCCGGAUCCGUCCUUCGAGCGUCCCUACACUCUCUGCAUCAGCUUGGAGGACUUGCUGGUCCACAGCGAGUGGUCUCGUGAGCACGGCUGGAGAGUUGCUAAGCGGCCCGGUGUCGAUUACUUCCUGCGCUACCUCAGCCAGUACUACGAGUUGGUCCUCUUCACCAGUGUGCCCUUCGCUAUUGGAGAGCCGCUCGUCAGGAAGCUCGACCCUUACCGCUUCAUCAUGUGGCCCCUCUACCGCGAAGCAACCAAGUACAAGGACGGAGAGUUCGUCAAGGAUCUUUCCUACCUUAACCGUGACCUGUCUAAGGUGAUCAUUAUCGACACCAACGAGAAGCACGUUCAGCACCAGCCGGAGAAUGCCAUUGUUCUUCCCAAGUGGAAGGGCGACUCUUCAGACAAGGAAUUGGUCGGCUUGAUCCCUUUCCUCGAGUACAUCCACACGAUGCAAUACGGCGAUGUUCGCAAGGUCCUCAAGUCUUUCGACGGCAAGCACAUUCCCACCGAGUUCGCGCGCCGUGAGGCCAUCGCUCGUGCCGAGUUCCAGAAGCAGGUUGAGGCCAAGAAGAAGAAGGCGCCCUCUGGAAUGAGCUUGUUAGGAGGUAUGCUGGGCCUGAAGCCCUCUAACAUGAGCCUCAUGGUCUCUCCCGACGGUGAGCAGAACCCUCACGAGGCUCUCGCCCAGGGCAAGAUGCUCCAGGAUAUCGCCCGUGAGCGUGGACAGCGCAACUACGAGCUUCUCGAGAAGGAGAUUCGCGAGAACGGCGAGAAGUGGCUGAAGGAGGAGGCCGCCAUGCAGGAGAAGAUGCAGCAGGAGGCCAUGCAGAACAUGAUGGGCUCUUUCGGCGGCUGGUUCGUGAAGAGUGACGACCCCAACAAGAAGCAGUAA